AAAACACUCAGUUGUGCUUCAGUACUUUAAACGCGUAGUAGUCCAGAAAACAAAGGCAAAACAAUGAAAGUCUAUUUUAUUAAUUGUUUGAUUUUAAUCUUGACAGUUCAGAAUUAUUUGGCCAGUCCGGUCCCAGAUACGGAUAGUACCGACAAAGAGCAACUGAACGAGCACAAUAAGUUAUUCGAGUUAACCUUAGAUAAGUUCGUCGCAUUUAAUGCGGACCUCGGUGAGAUCUGUGACGAAUACAGGUCUAAGGCUUUCAAAGAAUUAGAGAAAAAUAACGAUUUAAAAGAUAAAGAGUUAAUGGACAGAGAGCACGAAAAAUAUCUUAAAUCUCUUGAAAAGCUGAAAGAAGCGAAAACCACCGAAGACAAACUUAUGGAAGUAGCUAAGUUGCAAAGAGAAAUUAUUUACUCUGCCAAACAUGUAGAGGAUCCAAAUGCUGAUGAAGAGACUAAAAGACUCAUUGAAAAAUAUCACGUCACAGAUUUCUUGGAAAAACUUUACGCGUUUUAUUUUGAGUUUUAUAAGGGAUUCGAAGAGGCCUAUGAGGAGUAUAUCAGCGAACUGAAUGAAACUCAAAAGGAAGAGCAGAAAGAAUUACUUAAGUGGCAUGAAGACUUUCACGAAGAAAAGAAAUGUGUAGAAAAGACCGAAAAAUUUUUGCAAUUCUUCAGCAUUUUUUACGAUGAAUAAUCGUUUGACCUUCAUUAUAUUAAUGAAUGGAAAAUUUUUCUUCCAAACUUAUGCAAAGGUUUCGUCGUUAUCAUUUAAAUCAAAAUAAACUUACACCUAAUUGCAAAUACUAAACCAUA